AUGGCCCCCCUUCAUUCAUUGAUUGCGCGCGUACCCUCGAUUUCCACGACGCAGAAAGGCCCUGUGGUGAACUUGGUAUCUUGGAUUGCCAUGACUACCAUGUGUCUGGCGGUAGUGACCGUGUUGGUUAGCAAACUUAUCGUUCUUCGACGACUGGUCUGGACAGACAGCAUCAUCAUUGCAGCCAUGCUUUCAUCCAUUGGAUUCGCCGUUGUCAUCAACAACCAAGUCAGUCAUGGACUUGGCUCGAAGGUGUCAACCAUAUCGAACGGUGACUACGACGGCUUCCAGAAGGCCGAAUAUGCAUGGAACAUCCUGUACAUCGUCAGCCUUUCCCUGGCCAAGCUGUCGACACUGUCGCUCCUGCUGGCUCUCGCGCCGUCCAAACGCUAUCGCAUCCCCAUGCUGGCCGUGGGCAGUGUGGUCGUUCUUUGGGCUCUGAGCUCGAGCCUGGCCAGCGCAUUCCAAUGCAACUUCCCACAUUCAUACCUCAUCACGACGAACGUAUGUUUCGACCAAACAGCAUUCUGGAUCGCCACGGGGAUUGUGGACAUCCUGACCGACGUCGCGAUCAUGGGAAUGCCGAUCUACCUGGUAUACAACCUGCAGCUUCCACGGCAGAAGAAAGUGGCCGUAUGCUUUGCAUUCUCCUUCCGCGUCGGCGCCGUCGGCUGCACGAUUUGGCGCCUGUGCGAGGUGCACGUGCUAUUCAACCGCAGGUCCGAUAUCACUUUCCACAGCUGGCUGCCGACGAUCGCGACCAUCCUGGAGGUCUUUGCCGGCGUCUUCGCGGCUUGUGUCCCGCACCUGCGGCCCUUCAUGGACUCCAUUCAGGCCGGGUACCUGUCCGGCAUGAUCCAGGACAGCGACGGCCGCUUUGGCUACGGCAACGACAGUUACCUGAUGGGCAAGAUGGCGCAGAGCAAGCUGGCCUCCCAAGUCCGAAGCCAGGCUCUCAAAAGUGAUUUCGACGCCAAGGCCGAGGCCGAGGCUGAGGCUGAUACCUACGUGCGUAACGACCCGCGUCAUGGUGGUGGUGGUGGUGGUGAUGAUGAUGGAUCCUUCGAUCUCCCACGUCAGGGGGCCAGAGUCGGCAUAGGGCGUGCCAUCACAAGCUCCAACCGUGUCGUUGCCAAUGGCAGAGUGUCUGCUGCGAGCAAGGCUGAGAAAGAGAAUCUCGGACCUGCUCUCACGACCAGAGCGAGAGCUCGGGCGAGGAGUGAGAGUAUUGCUUCCGACGGGGGUGGUAGCCACGGCAGCGACGGUAGCAAAGCAAUGAUCAUCAAGACCACCAAAGAAUGGACUGUCAGCUAUCAGGAUGUCUGA